AUGUUCUGCGCCAAGCUGAAAGAACUGAAGAUAUCAGGAGAGUGUCCAUUCUCCAGCAGCGCUAAAAAUAAUGAGCUGGGAGACUUUGAGGAGCGCUCAAGUGACGCUGCGGAUUUAUUGCCUAUUUCUAAGGACGUGUACGGGAAAAUAGGUGAGGCUCUACCUCGGCAGAAGACAAGCAGAGGCAAAGUUAAUCUGCAUACACUUGGGGAGAGCAUCCGAAAAUUGGCAUGCCCGGAGUUUCAAAGGCUGCAUACUGCCGUCCAACGAAUGAUGAGGCUAUCAGUUCAAACCAGGGACUCUGAAAGCCCAGUAAUUUGUUGCACGGACUGUCAGAGUAGCAACGAUGAAGCAGAACAUUUCGUGGACAUGAUGAACAUUUACUCAACCAAAACAGCAAUCCCUAUGGAGGCUUUGAAAGUUUCUCUUGGCGAGGAGCUCUUUAACAUGUGUUACGAGGAGGACGGACACAUUUUGAGGGUGGUGGGGGGAGCUCUUCAUGAUUUCCUCAACAGCUUCAAUGUCUUGUUGAAACAGAGCAGCAUGCCACCCAACCCGGACAGAGAGGAUUGUGUAAACGAACCUUCGGUGCUGUGCUUAGACAAGGAUCCGGGUCUGCUUACUGUCUACUUCUUCAACCCUCGGCCGACCACUGAGCUCUUUUUCCCUGGAGUUAUCAAAGCAGCUGCCCGCCUGCUGUAUCACACCACUGUGGAUGUGUUGAUGGAUCCUCCCAGUGCUAAAGACAGCAUCUUGCAAUCCAGCCCGCAGCCCAGUCUUCUGUACACAGUUGUAGUUAAGGAUGCUAAAAAUCUGAGCCCCAGUCCGCUGCGGGCGACCUCAGCUGGGACCCUUCCUACCUCUCUGUUCUCCACUAUCUUCCCUUUCCAUUUGAUCCUGGACCAAGACCUAGUUCUGGUGCAAAUAGGACAUGGGCUCAGGAAGAGACUGACCAGAAAGGAUGUACUGAGACGGUCUGCUACCUUCCAAGAACACUUCUCUAUUGUCGCCCCCCAGAUCAAAUGUACCUUUCAGGGUAUUCUGACCAUGCUGAACACACAGUUCAUCAUUAGGAUCAAGCACGGAGUGUCCGCCACAGAUAACCCAGGGAAGCUCAUGGACCUGAAAGGCCAGAUGAUCUAUGUUUCCGAGUCAAACGUCAUCUUGUUCUUGGGUUCACCGUGUGUGGACAAGCUGGAGGAGCUAACAGGCCGCGGCCUCUACCUGUCAGACAUUCCCAUUCAUAAUGCUCUGCGUGACGUAGUCCUGGUCGGGGAACAGGCCAAAGCACAGGAUGGUUUGAAGAAGCGUCUGGGGAAGGCCAAAGCAGCUUUGGAGCAUGCUCACCAAGCACUAGAGGAGGAGAAGAAGAAGACAGUGGACCUCCUCUUUUCUAUCUUCCCUGGCACUGUGGCGCAGCAGCUCUGGCAGGGUCAAACGGUCCAGGCCAAAAAGUUUGACCGAGUCACAAUGCUAUUUUCUGACCUCGUGGGCUUCACAGCUGUUUGCUCACGCUGUACGCCAAUGCAAGUGAUCACCAUGCUCAAUGAGCUGUACACCAGGUUUGACCACCAUUGUGGAGACCUUGAUGUUUAUAAGGUGGAGACCAUUGGUGACGCAUAUUGUGUAGCUGGUGGCUUACACAAGGAGAGUGAGACUCACGCUGUUCAAAUAGCACUCAUGGCCUUAAAGAUGAUGGAGCUCUCAGACGAAGUUAUGACGCCAACUGGAGAACCAAUACAGAUGCGUAUCGGCCUCCACACUGGUUCAGUAUUGGCUGGUGUAGUUGGGGUGAAGAUGCCACGUUACUGCCUUUUUGGGAACAAUGUCACAUUGGCCAAUAAGUUUGAAUCCUGCAGCCAACCAAGGAAAAUCAACAUCAGCCCCACGACCCACAGAUUACUGAAGGAUCGUCCAGAGUUUGUCUUCAUUCCCAGGAGCAGACAGGAGCUUCCGGCCAACUUCCCAGAAGACAUCCCUGGAGUUUGUUACUUUUUGGAGGCGUCCUUCAAAUCUUCAAAACUGACUCUGAAAUGAAGUCAAGCUGCUGCAGAGCCACCCUUCCCCCAUACCAACUCCAAAACAACCCCAUUAG